GUCCGUGUGUAAAGCGGUUUGUCUGUUUGUUGCUCCAGUCGACGCAGUCUCCAGGCGGAGUGUGACACAAUUUACCGCUAAAUAGUUUUUUUCUUUCUGCUAACAAAACGGAUUUCACUCGUUUGUACUGAUGUAGCGUUAGCAGCUCCUGAACUGAUCCGGACUUCAGUCAGUAAUCCCAUAAAUUCAACUGGAUGCUGGCAGUCACUUUGGUGGGGCUGACGCGGAUGACAGUACGCGGGAGCAGAGCCCAGGGUUAAACCAAAACGUACAAAAAAGCACCGGGGGUGGAUGGUUGGAAAGACCAUGACCAAGCCCGAGUCGAAGAGAAGCAGCGUGGCCGCGACCAACGCCGCCGGCAAGUGCGCCACAGCCGCAUCUGCCGCCGAGCAGGUCAACAACGGCACGGUCGAGCCGGGCUGUACGAAUCAGAGCACGCACAUCAAAGCCAGUGUGAUGAGGCAGACCUCCAGGGAGAGCCUGCACCGAAGAAACACGGAGUGCGAGGUCUAUGACGACGGAACCAACACCUUUUUCUGGCGAGCCCAUACUGUGACCGUGCUGUUCAUUCUGACCUGUGCACUGGUCUACGUCACGCUGUUGGAAGAAACCCCGCAGGACACAGCCUACAACACUAAGAGGGGGAUUGUGGCAAGCAUCCUGGUGUUCCUCUGUUUUGGAGUGACACAAGCCAAAGAUGGACCCUUCACCAGACCACAUCCAGCUUACUGGCGAUUCUGGCUUUGUGUCACUGUUGUCUACGAGCUGUUCCUCAUCUUCAUCCUGUUCCAGACGGUGCAUGAUGGACGACAGUUCAUGAAGUACAUUGACCCCAAGCUUGGGGUACCCCUCCCUGAGCGUGACUAUGGAGGAAACUGCCUCAUAUACGACCCAGGCAACACCACCGACCCCUUACACAACCUCUGGGACAAGAUGGAUGGCUUUGUUCCAGCUCACUUCUUGGGAUGGUAUAUCAAGACGCUGAUGAUUCGGGAUUGGUGGAUGUGCAUGAUAAUCAGCGUCAUGUUUGAGUUCCUGGAAUACAGCCUGGAGCACCAGUUACCUAACUUCUCAGAGUGCUGGUGGGACCAUUGGAUCAUGGAUGUGUUGGUGUGUAACGGUCUGGGGAUCUACUGCGGCAUGAAGACCCUGGCCUGGUUGUCAAUGAAGCCCUACCAGUGGCAGGGCCUGUGGAACAUUCCUACAUACAAGGGGAAGAUAAAGCGAAUAGCAUUCCAGUUCACACCGUACAGUUGGGUGAAGUUUGAGUGGAAGCCUGCUUCAACAGUUCGUCGCUGGCUCGCUGUGUUGGGCAUCAUCUUUAUGUUCCUCCUGGCUGAGCUGAACACCUUCUACCUGAAGUUUGUGUUGUGGAUGCCUCCUGAACACUACCUGGUGCUGCUCCGCCUGGUCUUCUUUGUCAACGUGGGAGGCGUAGCCAUGAGGGAAAUCUACGACUUCAUGGAUGACCCGAAGUUCCACAAGAAGCUCGGCCAGCAGGCGUGGCUGGUGUCAGCAAUCACAGUGACCGAGUUCCUCAUUGUGGUCAAGUAUGACCCCAACACCAUCAUGCUGCCCAUCCCCUUCUUCAUCAUGCAGUGCUGGUUUUUAGGAAUCGUCCUCAUCUUUAUCUGGACCGUGUGGCGGUUCUUCAUCCGUGACAUCACACUCCGCUACAAAGAGACCCGCCGACGCAAACAGGAGGUGCCCGGGGACAGGGACCGUCCCCUCGGCAACGGCAACACAGGCACCCCGUCUGGGCGGAGCAAGCUGAACGGCAGCUCCGAGACGGUGCGGCAGAGGAAGUCCUGAGGUGGGCGGGGAGGGGGCGCGAGUCGAAACCGGUCGGUCAGCAGCAGCUGGAGGGAGGAGGACAAGGUUUGAUGGGGAAAGCAAUGAGAAGACUGAAGCGACACAAAGACGACACACGUAGAGGCAAACAGACGGACACACGUAUGUGCUGUGUAGACUUGUGCCUACACGAACCAGGUCAUUCAACCGAGGCGAGGGGUGGAAGGGGCAAUUUUCAUUCGCUGCAUUGUCUAGUUAUUGUCUUACUACAGGGAUUUACCUCAUUCUAUUUUCUAGGAACAUUUGGGGAAUUAUACGCAGGACAGGAUAUAUUCUUUGUGUUAUUUAUAUGUUAUUUUGGAUGUUGGGAGACGAUGGGGGGAAAAAGAAAAAGCUGAAUCAAAGAGAGGUACAAUAGCGGAAGGAUGGAUUCCACUGCAGGUGAACAGGGAAGCACUGUUGAUGGACUCUUGACCAAUAGUUCACAUCAGUUUCCAUUUUCUCAGCUGCACUUUGUCUUAGUUAAGAAAGAGAUGAGCAUCAGGAACAUGUCCGCCACUGUAAAUAAGCUUUGUUCCGUGUUGUGCAGUCGCAUCAGUGCAGGUGAGAAAAAGGAGAGUAUUUGGAGCAGUGACUUUCUGUAGGUAAGCGAUGUACAAUAUCAGCCUGGGGUGUUUGGUACAAUAUGCCAAGCAGCAGUUAAAACGGAGUUCGGUUACUAAAGACACAUUUCUGUUAGAUUCAGUUAAUACUACUUCUUUUGUCCAUUGAUUCCUGUGCAUCUUUGACAGUUUAGAUUACUCUUUUCUUUGUUCCAGGCUCCCGAUACAUGGUUUACAUGUGGGAGACGAUAUCAGCUUUUCAUUUACGGUUCAGGGUUCUCGGUCCUGGACGCACUGAGCCUCGAGGUCCUUGUAACUGCUGGGGGUCCUCCCUCAGUCUCACACAGGGAGGAAAAACUCCUCUCAGGCUUUGUUCUUGAAAAGAACAUCAUGUUUGUAAAAAGGAAAAAAAAAAAAACGAUGUACCAUAUUGUAGGUAUUUAACUGCUGAUAUUCUACAUGAUUCUGUAUAUGGGACAUAGUUUGGGUGUUUUUUUUGUGGAUGUUUUGUUAUCGCUAUUGUUAUUUCUUUAUGGUAAAUCGAUUACGAACACUAGAUUGUACUCAAGUUCCUUUUUGUAAAAUGAGGCACUGAGAAAUCUGCAGCACUCAGUUGAACACAUCACAUGACAAUCACCCUGAUGGGACGCUGUGCUCCCUUCUGAUGCUGACACGUUGGCUCAAGUACGGCACUAACAAACAGCAGAGAUCUGGAUGUUCCUCCGCUGCAAAUAAGGCCUCACGGCUCGUUCAGACACAUCCGAACGUGAAUUUAAUAUCUGAUUCUUUUUAUGCUGUUUAUUUUUUUCAUUGUUGAGCUGUUUUUUUUUUUUUUUAAUAUCACGUUCUGCUGUGUCUGAAUUCAGUGCGACAAAAUGACAACCAGCCUUAUCUUAAGAGGAGGAAAUGAAGGUUUUAGUUGCGUUGUGGUUUGGGAAGAGGACCAACCUUUCCAGCGCUGUGGGGUUGCCAUAUUGCACAUGCAACAAGCCAAAGCUUAGAUCUCAUUCUUGCUAAAGCCAUAAAUGCCACCCCUGACCCACUUGAGUCGCUCAAACAGCUGUUAAACCUCAUUUCAGAUUCCUUUUCAUUUCAACUAAAGCCGAGUCCCAAAGCCACCGGGAGCAGUCAUGUCAGUGUACGUUUUUUUUUUGCAUUACUAAAGAAAACUGACACCCAAAGGUCUGACCAUUUAAAGCAAUGAAGGUCAAAAAAUUAAGACCUCAACUCCCUAAUUUCUGCAACACAGAAUGUCUCUCAGACUAUAAACAUGUAGAAUCACCUCAGAAGUUUUUGAUUUCCUUGUCAGUCACAACGUUGUUAAAUAUAGAGCUGUAACAAUUAGAGUCACUGAUUAGUAGACAGAAAAUUAAUCAACUGAUUUGACUGAUUUGAUCGAAAAAUGCGUUCUCAGUCUCCAAUAUGAGAAUUUGCUGCUUUUCUUUAUCUUAAUGUGAUAGUGGACUGUUUUUUUUUUUUCACGAUUUUCUGACUUUCCAUAGACAAAAUGAUUAAAUAGUCGAUAAUUUAAACUAUUGUUAGUUGCAGCUUUAGUUAAAUGUUCUGAAAUUUUGGUACAAAAAAUAAGCUUUACUUUGAAAAAAAAAAAAAUCCAGCUUGGUCAAACUUAAAAUAACACCGUCGCUGUCCAGUCUGGGGACCAAAAAUAUCCCUCAAAGCUUUAGUCUUUGUUCUGUUCAGGUUUUGUGGCUGUCAGAGAAUCAGUUGUAAGUUUCUAUGUGUUACUCAUCAUGUCCGAGUGGCUACAGACUACAAUGUUAGACAACGUCUGUGAAUUUAGCUCAGCUGUUGUAAACGAGGCAGAGGUUUUAUGACGCUACAGUAACUUUCUUGUGAAUGUAAUCCAGCAGAAUCUGCCGUUCAAACGAGAGGGUCUGGUCAUCAUGCAUCAGCUGAUUUUUGCCACAAACACAAAAGCUUUUCAUUGAUAAAAGGCUUCUUCUCAUGCUCACAGAGGAUGCAGCCCUCUGCAUCGUUCACCCUCUUUUUUGAACACAGAGAUUGCUGUGCAAAUUUAAAACCCUAAAAUCGAUGUUUAGCUGAAAUGUCAAAGUUUGUACUUGUUAUCCUGUGCUGUGCUACUUCAGUCAUUCGUGAACUUGUUAGAAGUUCAGCAAGUUUGUUUUUCUCCUCCUUUCUUAAAUGGAUGCUUUUUAGACGUGGGCUGGGGGAUUCACUGUGUCUAUGCCUUGGAUUGGUCGAAAUGGUUUUGUUUUAAAUCACUGAAGACUUAAACCAAACCAAGUCAUGAAUUUGCACUUCAGCUCCGAAAUCACAAAAUAGCGCAUUCAGAAAUUGAACUCAUAAAUGAGGUGUGGAGCAAAAUAGGAACCAGUCCACCCCAAAAAAAGAACCUUUUCCUUCUGUGUGUUUGAGGGUUUAGUGUAGUAUCACUUGCAGCCACAUGGGGGCAGUAGAUGUUCUUUUACUGUCUCCGUCUGCUCGACAAUGAUCAAUGACAACUUGCUGUAAAAGCCAUUUUCACCUUGGUUUGUGUAAAUGUGAACAUGUUAAAGAUCAUACAAACUGAAAUAUGCUGCUGCACCACAUACUUUUAUAAUGUUUUCAAUAAAAUCAACUGAAAAUCUGAAUUAAGUCUGCUUGACUUUUAACAGAUCACAUGCUGAAGAGGCAAGAGUACGUAAGUAAGUUACUCCCUGGAGACAAGGCUCACUGUUUUUAUUAACAGAAGCUGUGUCUAUGCUGAGUGAGUUGGGCGGUGGACAUUUUCUGUCACCAGGCACAAUGCAUGCCACUUUGAAGACUGCAGAUACUUUGGCUUUGUUUGUUUUACACGUACUAUACAAAGAGCAAUAAUCAGAGAAAAUGGAUGCUAACUUCAAACUUUAAUUUGGCUGAAUCACGUUGACUCGUUUGAAGCUGCCCAUCUUUGUAAGAGCACAGUUUACUCCUGCUUUCACCAACUACCUUCCUGACUUCAGGCGGCACUAGCUCAGGUGAAAAAGCAGGUUGCCCAUUGAUAGGAUUAGAAGUGCUUUGUUCUGUUCUCAGGUUGGUUUUGGUCAGGUUUUGUAGGUCUGUAAACUCCUUAUAGCUUCCUUAAAUGUUUCCUGUAAAGUUACUGUAAUUUCCUGGAAGCAUUCGAGGACGUUUGAGGACUUUCACCAAAGUGCAGACCAUUUACACUUGACAGCACCAAAGAUUUUUUGCAUUUUCCCAGUGUUAGACACAUGGAGUAACCUGUUUAAUUUAGCGGCUGCCAGAAUGUAUCCAAUGA